AUGGCUCUUAUAUCUGCCAAGACUAUUAUUACUUCCGUGUCCCUCUUUCACCUUACCCUCGGCUACUUCUUCCUCACCAGCCCAAGCUCCAUCAAUGAGCAGGCACUUGUAUACAUCAUGGGCGAGAGCAUGGGAAUGCCCUUGGCCAGAGGUUUCGAGUUGCAAAGCUCUCCUCUCGCGUUCCUCGCUGUGAUCCUCAUCUUUAUCGGUUUCAGCGAUCUGGUUUCUUUGUCCAUGCCUGAUGAGGUCUGCCUAGUAUUUCACUGGGGUACACAAGCUCCGAUUCGAUCAUUCCUCUCCCUUACUUUCGUCGCCUACAUCUUCCUCUUUGGCCCAUCGUCACCCCUAUACGACAAGUCCUCACGUGGACCUCUCACCCACCCGAGCGCGCACAACCCCUCGUAUCGCCCUGCUGGCUGGGGCGGAGAUAUGCUCAAGAACCGCCUGUUCUUCACCUUUAUCUUUAUCGAGACGAUGACAUGGUUCUGGAUUUGGGUCACUCUGCGCGAGGAGCGAGACGCCAUCUUGAGCAAGAAGUCCCGAAAGAGAAGUCACUCGCAUUCCAUGUAA